UAUCAACUUUCAACUUUAAAAUUCGGUCAACACAAAACUGCUUGUUGCUUCCGAACCUUGAAAUUUACGAAUGUCUCGCUACGCCGAAGGUUGAGGUACGCGCGAGUUAUUUAAUACCGCACCGAAAAAGGGAUUUGCUAAGUACGCAAAAGUUCGAGUUAUGAAUAUCUGUUGCUGUUCCGCUUUCUCUAUGUCAUUGUUCCACUUCCUCUGAGCGAUUCAUAUUAGCGGGAUCAUUGGCAGGUGAUGGACAACGACGCGGAGGAGGUGUCAAGUGUCCCGGCGGCAAAAUUCACGGCAGCACCCUGGCAAAGAGGAUUAUCACUGCGUUAAUAAUUAUCCUACCGCAAUGUGUAACCCAUCCAAGCGAGACCUAGAAACGCGUUUGUUCGGAGAAAUUCUAAUCGAAUUAGGCGGAAGGAACGCCAUAAAUAUGGACGACUCCGUUCAUUGUUGAGCAAGUUCCAGCCAGGACCUGCCAGAACCAACAGUUAGUGACUAAGGGUGUUUGUCCGGAGUACCACAAGAGUGUAAUAGUUGUGUGGUGCUAGCGUUCAGAAAACAACAGUUAGAAUGUCGUACUACGGUCCACCACCCAGCAUCUGGGGCCAUCCGAUCAGCAACAUGACCGUUGUUGAUAAGGUUCCCCCGGAGAUCCUGCAUUUGGUGGACCCUCACUGGUAUCAGUUCCCACCGAUGAACCCGUUGUGGCACUCGAUCAUUGGAUUCGCGAUCUUCGUGCUUGGUAUCAUAUCGGUCAUCGGCAACGGAAUGGUCAUCUACAUCUUCUCGACGGCCAAGGGCCUACGAACACCGUCCAAUCUGUUCGUGGUGAACCUUGCCAUGUCUGACUUCCUGAUGAUGAUGACCAACGCGUUCACCAUGGUAUACAACUGUUGGUACGAGACCUGGCAGCUGGGAGUGCUUAUGUGCGAUCUUUACGCCUUUACUGGAUCCUUAUUCGGAUGUUGCUCGAUCUGGACUAUGACGAUGAUCGCCCUGGACCGAUACAACGUCAUCGUGAAAGGUUUGGCCGGUAAACCGCUGACCAACUCCGGGGCAGUUCUACGCAUCCUCGUCUGCUGGACGAUCGGAGUAGUCUGGGGAAUUCUGCCGAUGCUGGGCUGGAAUCGAUACGUUCCAGAAGGAAACAUGACCGCGUGUGGAACAGAUUACCUAACCGAAGAUUGGUUCCACAAGUCCUACAUCCUUGCCUACUCCUUCUUCGUCUACUACGUUCCCCUGUUCACGAUCAUCUACUCGUACGUCUACAUCGUUAAGGCCGUUUCCGAGCACGAGAAGAGCAUGCGAGACCAGGCCAAACGGAUGAACAUGCAAUCGCUGCGACAGGGAGAUGACGGCAAGGCCGCCGAAAUGAAGCUGGCCAAGAUCGCACUCGUUACGAUCUCGCUUUGGUUCAUGGCCUGGACACCGUACACCAUCAUCAACUAUACCGGUGUGUUCAAGACGGCCAACAUCUCACCCCUGGCCACGAUUUGGGGUUCGGUCUUUGCCAAAGCAAACGCCGUCUACAACCCGAUCGUGUACGGCAUCAGUCAUCCCAAGUAUCGGGCGGCGCUGUACAAACGGUUCCCGUCACUGUCCUGCCAGGAUGUGGUCGCCGCCGACGACAAGUCUCUCGCCUCGGAAGCAUCGGCCGUUACUACGUCUAAUUCCGGCGAUACGGCGAGUGCUUAGAAUGAUAAAAGUAGCCUAAACCCAUUGACCUGUAACAUCCUGACGAAAUAGAGUGUAUAAAGUUGUAAA